AUGGCAACUCUAGCACAGGCGCCGGUUGAGCCGCCUGUCUUUCGAUACGAUCAAGCCUCGAAAGCGGUCUUUCCAGAUGGCAUCAAAACAAGCGGACAGUGCCCGCCAACCUACGAGCAGCUAGUGCCAUACAGCGAAUUCCCAAAGGAAAUCACAGGUCCAACCGUUUGGAAGAAGGAAGACUAUGAGAAUCACCCGGAGCGAUGGGUUCAUCGAUUCAAUGAAGAUGAGGUGAAGGAGCUCCGCAAAGCUGCUGAUGAUUUUCUUGCAUCUGGAACGCCCAUGACUGGUAUAACGAAGGACAAGUUUCCACUUCCCAAUAUGGCCGGCUUCCUUGAACCAAUGCGCAAAGAAAUCCUCAAUGGCAAAGGCUUCAUUCUGUUCAAAGGCUUUCCAGUCCAAGAAUGGGGGAACCACAAGAGUGCCGUUGCAUACAUGGGUUUGGGCACCUACCUAGGUUACUUCGUCUCGCAGAACGGCCUUGGCCACGUUCUCGGUCAUGUGAAGGACACUGGAGCCGACCCAACACAAAUCGACAAAGUCCGCAUUUACCGCACUACCGCCCGCCAAUUCUUCCACGCUGAUGACUGCGACAUCGUUGGUCUCCUCUGCGUCGCCAAGUCCCUCGAAGGUGGAGAGUCGGAUAUCGUCUCAGACCACCACGUCUUCAACACCCUGCAAAGAGAGCGUCCAGACGUAGUGGAAACUCUCACACAGCCAAUCUGGUACUUCGACCGUAAAGGAGAAGUGUCAGCAGGCCAGGAGCCAUACACGCGCCAGCCUGUAUUCUACAAAGAGACCGGUAAAGAUGGCAGGCUCUACACAAAGUGGGAUCCAUACUACGUCAAGUCGCUCAAGCGGUUCUCUGAUACUGGUGCAAUUCCACCACUUUCGGAGAAGCAACAGGAGGCUGCGCAAGUUUUGGAGGACACUUGUUUGCGCCUGUCGCUGCAUAUGGUCUUGGACAUUGGUGAUAUACAGUUCUUGAGUAACGCUCACGUGCUUCACAGCCGCACGGCGUACAAGGACUAUCCAGCACCUCACCCGAGGCGGCACCUGAUGAGACUCUGGCUCGCAACGCCAGAAGAUGAGGGUGGCUGGAGACUGCCAUUUGCCGACUCGAGGCAUAAGAAGAGAGGUGGUGUGCAGGUCAACGAUACUCCACCAAGGGCGCCGAUAGAUGCUGAAUAG